AUGUAUGCAUGUCCAGAGCUUGUGGUUUCGUUUCCAGCGGCUCCCAAGCUUACCCAAUUUAAUUUAAAUAACCGUUUUUAUACACAUGAAUUAUAUCCUUCCGGGAAGUGGCGUCUUGUGGUUCUAGAAGGUUACCUGCUGAAGGGCAUUAAGCGAGCUAGUGGUGUUUUCUCUUCUAUCACUGAGGUUGAAUUCCGUGGAUGUAGUUCGCUCAAGAGCUGUCAGCUAGACUUUUUGCCCCACUUUUCUAAAUUUACAAUCCGACGCUGUCUAGAUCUUGAAUCCAUUUGCAUACGAGGCACUGCUGCUGCCCUCUACUCUUACAUACCUCGAAUUCAACUAUCUGAUAAAUCUGAAAUCUCUGGACUACAAGGAGCUUCAGGCCUUCAGCAACUCACUUCUCUUGGCAAUCUAAUGAUACGUCAUUGUCCUAAGCUUGAGUUCAUCCCAGAAAAGUCGCUGCCAUCCUCCAUUGAACACCUUGAAAUCGUGAAGUUGAAAGAUCUGGACUACAAGGGGCUACAACACCUAACCUCUCUUCGUCAAUUGCAGAUCUGUUGUACUAAGCUUCAGAACAUCCCCGAAGAGUCGCUACCCUCCUCCCUCGAAGACCUUGAAAUCUGGAGUCUGAAAGAUCUGGACUGCAAGGGGCUUCAACAUCUCACCUCUCUUCGCCAAUUGAAGAUUUCGGGAUGUCCGAAUCUUGAGUCACUGCCAGAAGAGGGGCUGCCUUCCUCCCUCCAAUACCUUGAAAUCUGGGGUCUGGAAAAUCUGAAAUCUCUGAAUUACAAGGGGCUUCAGCACCUCAAAUCUAUUCGCUCUUUGCUGAUCAUUGGAUGUCCUAAGCUAGAGUCCAUGCCAGAACAGGGGCUGCCCUCCUCCCUUGAACUUCUUCAAAUCAUCGAUUGUCCUUCGCUGGAAAAAAGGGUUUCAUCUCCUUCUGCUAGGCUGCCAAAGCUGUUCAAGCUCAACAAACCAUAA